CUCUCUCUCUCUCUCUCUGCUUUAUAUAUAAAGGCCGACUCUCGCUCUCUCCCUCUCGCUUCUCCGUCGAGGUCUCUUUCUCUCUCGUUCUCUCCGUCUCUGCUUGUCUCUGUGAAUCCUCCAUCCGCUCCCAUGGCAAAGAUUAAGAUCGGGAUCAACGGUUUCGGCAGAAUCGGCCGUCUCGUGGCCAGGGUCGCCCUCCAGAGGGACGACGUCGAGCUCGUCGCCGUCAACGAUCCUUUCAUCACCACCGAGUACAUGACAUACAUGUUCAAGUACGACAGUGUUCAUGGUCAGUGGAAGCACCACGACAUCAAGGUUCAGGACUCAAACACCCUUCUCUUUGGUGAGAAGCCCGUCGCUGUCUUUGGCAUUAGGAACCCGGAGGAGAUCCCGUGGAAGGAAGCUGGCGCUGAGUUCAUCGUGGAGUCCACUGGAGUUUUCACUGACAAGGACAAAGCCGCUGCCCACUUGAAGGGUGGUGCUAAGAAGGUUAUUAUUUCUGCCCCCAGCAAGGACGCUCCCAUGUUUGUUGUGGGUGUCAAUGAGAAGUCAUACACUCCUGACCUCGACAUUGUGUCCAACGCUAGCUGCACUACAAACUGCCUUGCCCCCUUGGCUAAGGUCAUCCAUGACAAGUUCGGUAUUAUUGAGGGUCUUAUGACCACUGUUCAUUCGAUCACAGCCACACAAAAGACUGUUGAUGGACCAUCGAUGAAGGACUGGAGAGGUGGCAGAGCUGCUUCCUUCAACAUCAUUCCGAGCAGCACUGGAGCUGCCAAGGCUGUUGGGAAAGUGCUUCCAGAACUGAAUGGGAAAUUGACUGGAAUGGCAUUCCGUGUCCCCACCGUUGAUGUCUCCGUUGUUGACCUUACAGUGAGACUCGAGAAAUCAGCCAGUUAUGAUGAGAUUAAAGCAGCUAUCAAGGCUGAGUCUGAGGGCAGCUUGAAGGGAAUUCUUGGUUACACUGAGGAUGAUGUUGUAUCUACUGACUUUGUGGGUGACAACAGGUCGAGCAUCUUUGAUGCCAAGGCUGGAAUUGCUUUGAGCCCAAACUUUGUCAAGCUCGUCUCUUGGUAUGACAAUGAGUGGGGCUACAGCACGCGUGUUAUUGACUUGAUCUGUCACAUUGCCUCCGUUCAGUAAGCUUCAGCUGGAUUUACAUCUGCUGCUGUGGAGGGAACCUUCCUCAUCAGCUAGUUAUUUAGUUGCGGUCGAGAUUAGGGAAGUGUUCUUUAUGAUAUAAUAAAUUGAGUUUGCAGGAUCUGGUAGGGUCCUGGACUCAGACAUGGAUGUUCUAUUUUUUGUCCAAGUAGUUUUGGUUUCCUUUUAUCCCUCGGUCUGAACAAGUGUUUCCGUUGCUAUUUCGAAUGCAAGGCGGCUUAAGUUUUGCGAUAUA